CGCUGUCGUCGUCUCCCUCGUCCUCCUCUCCGUGUUGUUGUUCUCGGUGACGCGACGGAGGUGUAGCCUGACGCGGUCUCUUACGUGUCGGUCUGAAUAAAAGUGGAGCUCCGUAGACCCGGGAGUGACGAAGCGAGUCUGUGUUGGUAAGAGGAUACGCAUCCGAAGUUUGCUAAACAGAUAGAUGGCUGCCCAGAGAAGUUAUUUGCGCCUAAUAUCCGCACAAAGCCAACAAAGAGAUCAUGGCGGCGGUGUUGCAGAGGCUCUCAAAAUGAGUCAGUCUCUGCAAGGCUCGCAACACAACUGAGACAUAGAUUUUAAACGACAAUGGAGGCUGGUGCAGACACACAGCAAAGUGGUGAAACAGUUGUCUCAGAGUCUGAGACCCAGCAGAUCACCAUUGGACAGACAGGGUAUGAAUGUGGGUUGUCAUGGUUGCAGGCCUCCAUAGCAGCUGGCCAGGUGACAUCCAGCGGUCCCACAGUCACCCUUGUGCAGUUACCCAACGGUCAGACAGUCCAAGUGCACGGGGUGAUCCAAGCUGCUCAGCCCUCUGUCAUCCAGUCCCCACAAGUCCAGACUGUACAGAUUUCGACUGUUGCUGAGAGUGAGGACUCUCAGGAGUCUGUAGACAGCGUGACAGAUUGUCAGAAGAGGAGAGAGAUCCUGUCCAGACGGCCUUCUUACAGGAAGAUUCUGAAUGAUUUGUCAUCGGAUGCUCCAGCAGUGCCUCGAAUUGAGGAAGAAAAGUCAGAGGACGACACAGCCCCUGCCAUCACCACAGUCACCAUGCCCACUCCCAUCUAUCAGACUAGCAGUGGCCAGUACAUUGCCAUUACCCAAGGUGGGGCCAUCCAGCUGGCCAAUAACGGCACAGAUGGAGUGCAGGGCCUGCAGACACUGACCAUGGCCAACGCCGGCCAGCAAGGUGCCACCAUCCUGCAGUACGCCCAGACCAGCGACGGGCAGCAGAUCCUAGUGCCCAGCAACCAAGUGGUUGUACAAGCCGCCUCAGGUGAUGUCCAGGCCUAUCAGAUACGCACAGCCCCCACCAGCGCCAUCACUCCCGGGGUCGUCAUGGCGACUUCGCCUGCACUGGGCACAGGAGGAGGCACUGAGGAAGUCACACGCAAAAGGGAGGUCAGACUUAUGAAAAACAGGGAGGCAGCCCGCGAGUGUCGCCGGAAGAAGAAGGAGUACGUCAAGUGUCUGGAGAACCGCGUGGCCGUGCUGGAGAACCAGAACAAAACCCUCAUCGAGGAACUCAAAGCCCUCAAAGACUUGUACUGCCACAAAUCUGAGUAGAAAACGUCACCAAACGCCUGCCAGGGGCUCGACAGGUGCCCGUCUGUCCCCAUGUACAGAGACUCAGCACAGAGCCAUGCAUCUGGAUAACACUCCCCUCCCCCACUCCCCACCCCCCCUUUUGUACUCUUUUGCUUUCUUUUUAAAAACUGCUGAGAAAUCUUCAAAGUGACUCACCAGGAUUAGAAAAAAAAACACCCCCCCCCCAUCACAUCCCACUUCAGCGAUCAGUCAGAGAAGCAAUGUGGACAACAGACGUGGAGGAGACUCCAACUAUACAGGGUCCUCGUGGUGAAGUGAUGGAACAGACAAUGAGGCUGUUGUGUGUGUUUUUUGACGCCACCAAAGGGACGCCUUCCAGUCACUGGUGCCCGGACAAACUAGGCAACGUCACCAGCAACGGGGAACCGCUCACUUAACCAUCACCGAUAACGACAGAACUUUUUACGUCAGAACAUUUAAUCUCCCCCAAGACACUUGGAUCAAUUUGGAGAGGUUACUUUUGUGUGCAAUGUUUGUAACCGUAACUGCGCUCUUGGAUUAACAUCUGUUACUUACUAAUGCUUUGAACAGUAGAUGGGCCGUAUCAUGGACAUUUUAUCUUUUAGCUGUGAUUUGUUUUAUGUAUUGGAUUAUCUGCUUGCAUAAUGCCAAUGACUUUUUUUUUUUUUUUUUUUUACUUUGAAUUUACUUUGCCUUGAUAUGACAUGAACAAAAACGCUAACCAUUAUGUUGGAUUGUAGAUGGUUUCCGUGUUAAACGCACCUCUGAAAGUACGUGAUGAAGAGAGACCGUAGUCAACAGUCUCUCGAGUGGAACAGUGGAACUCUUUAAGUGUUUAUUUGGUCUCUGAUGCAUGUUCCUUCCUUCCCAAUCAUAUUACUAAGGCUCAUU